AUGGCUACUUUCGCAGAAGCUCCUGCUGGUAACCCCGACGCUGGAGCUAAGAUCUUCAAGACCAAGUGUGCUCAGUGCCACGUGGCAGAAAAGGGUGGUGGUCACAAGCAAGGUCCGAACCUGGCCGGGCUUUUCGGCAGGCAGUCUGGAACCAUUGAGGGUUAUUCGUACUCAAAUGCCAACAAGAACGCUGCAGUUCUGUGGGGAGAGGAGACCCUUUACGACUACCUUUUGAACCCUAAGAAGGUACGUAGGCUUCUGCCUGUGAGAUGA